AUGGGUCUGAUUGAGGAAGAAGAAGCGGUUUCUGAUUUUGAUAUGCCCGGUACAGAAACGGCGUCGGAAGAAGAAGCGGUUUCUGAUUUUGAUAUGCCCGGUACAGAAACGGCGUCGAGGAGUCGGACCCGACCCAUCAGAGAGGUCGUGGGUUUGGAUAUAUCUCUGGCAUCCUGGCCCGGAUCGUUGUAUCUGAAACGGCCCACAGGAGAUCCCAAAGGUCUUUCUCUCUCGAAACCAUUUCAACUAACAGAGUUCCCGAUUGAAUCGAACAAGAUGGAGAAUUCAAGCAUCGUGUCAUACGAGACGCUGGAUGGCUUGGUGAAAUGGUUGGGCACGAGCGUGGCCUCUGCAUUCUUCGCUUCACUCGAACGUUUCUCGUGCGUCAACGUAACAACCUCCGACACCGACGACGAGGACGAUGAAGAGGCCAAAGUUCGCCCUCUCAUGCUCACCAAUCUUCAAGCGCCAAUCGAUAGCCCCACAACUGCGAACUAUCCUACCUCCGUCGAUAACCUCCCUGUCUGAUUCUUCGAUCAGAGGUGUCAAAGUGGAAUGAGGCAGUAGGUAUGUGGAUAUUUGUGACGGACUUCAUUGAACAAUACCGACGUUAGAACUUUGAGUAAGUUUUUAAAAUAUAUCUGAUGUUGAUUGACUAACCAUAUAAUAAUAGUUGGGGCCUUCUGGCCAUAAACUUGUAACAGUGUCAUCAUGAUUUACUGUUACGCAUUGCUGUAUCAAAUGUGGACACUUAAGGUUGUCUUACUGUACACAGUGUUAGAUAUGUGUCAGGGAUUGAACUUGUUUAAAGGUGAAAUGACAUUUACCAUCCCCUGAGAUCUCAAGGGAACAGUGAAUAGAAAGUGGUGUCUGGGACUUCCAUGACUUAUCGUGUGCUUGAUGAAUGAUUGAUCUUUGUACUGCUAGCUUUGUACUCCUGAAAAACAUAGCUGCCUUUUUCUUAGUGAACUUUCCUGAGGAG